GUCGAGUGAGUGCGCGUUGAACGGGAACGUUAACGUCUCGUUCGUUUCCCGUUGGCUUUCGUUUUGUUUCGCCUCUAAAUUGUUUGUGCCAAAGACAAGCUCAAAAGACCGACGGUUAAGCCAAGCAGCUGACAAUUCUUUGGUGACACUAAUUAAGUAGUUGAGGAAUUUCGAUUUGAUUUCGAUACGAUAAUGCCCCUACAUAACAACUUUGAAAAUUGAGCUCGAAUUGUAUUUGUGCUAUUGUCAGGGGGUAUGGCUGCAACAACGACAAGUUCAGCGCCCGCAAGGACAUCAAACAAUUCUACGGCGCUCGCCACUGCUGCCGCCGAUUUUUCCUCAGUCACACUCUCCAACAGCCGAGCUUCAGCAGAAGUCUCCACAAUUUCCAGCCAAGUUACAGCCAUGCCAACCAUUAGUUUACCCGUCGGCAUGACCAUGCACCACAUCUUGGAGAGCUCAAAAGGUGUUCAACAGCCGACGGUAACGACAAGUCCCGGCAUCACGCCCUCUUCGCCAACAUCUGCAGCGCUUGCGCAUAUCAACUGCCCAGCUACGCCCGCUCUAGCCGCGGUCCCCAACAAUUCUUCCUCUCCUGCAUUGACAUUGUUUGGCGGAGCUGCUACUGGAGGUUCACCUCUAGGAUCUGGAGCUGGAGCGACAGCCGCUGCCACCAAUCUUAGCGCCAUGGCCUCCCAGCAUCGCCUUCUGGAACUAUCACGCUUUGGGCUUCGAGGCUAUGACCUGGCCCAGCACAUGCUCUCACAGCAGGGCGCUGUGACGAAACUACUUGGAACCCUGCGACCGCCUGGGCUUAUUGGGGGCUCAAAGCCCAAGGUAGCCACGCCGACAGUUGUCUCCAAGAUCGAGCAGUACAAACGCGAGAACCCAACAAUAUUCGCGUGGGAAAUACGCGAGCGACUGAUUAGCGAAGGUGUUUGUACGAAUGCAACGGCUCCAUCGGUCAGCAGCAUUAAUCGCAUCCUGCGCAAUCGAGCAGCGGAACGAGCUGCUGCGGAGUUUGCGCGUGCUGCGAGCUAUGGCUAUGCUCUACAUCCAACGCAUCCCCAUUCGCACCACCAUCCUCAUCCAUACACAAGCUUUCCCACUUGGUCGGCCACAAUACCUGGACACCACCCACUUUGGAACGCUGUGCCUCUGCCCACAACUGGAACACUUCCAAGCCCAAGUUUAUGUGGUGACGCCAAUAUUAAUGCCAACAACAACACCAAAGCAAUUGGCGGGGAAAGCAGUGUUGGGUGCGGCCGCCUGUCUCUACCAGCCAUGUCACCUGAGUCGGGAAGUAGGGACAGUCGCUCACCGGAUGUAGAUGCCAAUCGUUUGAUCGACAUUGAAGGCGAAGAGAGCGACUCAGAAGAUAGUGAUCAACCAAAGUUUCGCCGAAAUCGCACAACCUUUAGUCCAGAGCAGCUGGACGAGCUGGAGAAGGAAUUCGAGAAGUCGCACUAUCCAUGUGUGAGUACCCGGGAAAAGCUGGCGGCACGCACAACUCUAAGCGAGGCGCGAGUUCAAGUUUGGUUUUCCAACAGACGAGCGAAAUGGCGGCGCCACCAACGGGUCAACCUGCUGAAACAGCGAGACUCCGCCUCGGCUUCGGCUUCAACAUCGCCCACCCCCCCUCAAUCACAACUGCAGGCCGCGACUGCCGGGAACUGCAUGAAGUGCAGCCCACGACAAGACCCCAACGGACUGGAGAGCUUCCCGCUUGUGCCCCAUCCUACCACUCACAACAUACCCAACCACCCUACGGAACAAAGCCCGUCCGUCGAGCCAACAACAGCAGCAGUGCCACCUGCCUUACACACAGCAUCAGUUCCAUUAUUAAUGGGCGGUGAGCACAGCGCAUUUCGUGCUGCCAUCCCAUCGGUGUCUGACGCUCCACCCGCUUCUGCGUCCAUCUCCGCCUCAGCGUCUGCGGCUGCGUUUGCGAUUAAUUUUGCCCGCCAGUUCAUAUGGCCCCACAUUGCAAUACCGGACAUUACGGCGGUUGAGCCUCCGAUAGCGGAGCCUGCGGAUGAGGAAGUCAACGUGGAUGCAGACGUGGAGGCUCAUUGAAUAAGUGCAAUCAAUCAAUAAUUUAGGGUUUAUUCAGAUACAUACGAGUAAUUAUCGAUUGUCAGUUUCCUAUUGCUUUAAUUUGAGAUAUUAGUGCAAUUUAAGUAUAAAUUUAUUUAUUCAGUUUCUAUCCAAACACGUGCUCAGUACAAAUAAAAAGAGAAUCGAUCUACAUAUAUGUAUGUAUA